AUGUCCAAACGACGGCAGAGCUCGCUUGGUUCAGCCAAACGAAGGCCAGAUAACAAGUACAUGGACAUAGUCGAGAGGCUAUUUGAGUACAAGCUAGCUGGGCGUCAUAUUGUUGUUGAGCUGUUUACCGAGGUGCCGAACCCGGAGCUCUAUCCCGACUAUGCAGAGGUCGUACAAGAACCGAUCUCGAUGAAAGAGAUCUCUAAACGGGCGCGUCUUCAGGCAUAUGAAAACGAGGACGACUUUUUGAGCGAUUUUGAGCUUAUGGUUGAGAAUGCAAAGACGUAUAAUGGCGAGGAGUCUCCGGUCGUGGAUGACGCGAUUGCGCUGCUGGAUUUCGUGUUGGGUGAGCUGGGCCGCCCGCUCAGCGAGGUUACGCGACAAAAGCAGCAGCUCAAGAUCCUGCACGAACUCUUAAACUACAAGUACAAAGGUCGUAAGCUGUCCGAAGUGUUUAUUGUCGAGCCGAGCCGUGAGGACUAUCCCGAGUACUAUGAGGUCGUCAAGGAGCCCACAUCGUUCACCACGGUCGAGUCACGGAUUCAAGAGGUGGCUUGUGAAACGUGGGAUCAGUUUUCUGAUCUCGUAGAGCCUAUUUUCAACAACGCAAUGGUGUAUAACCAGGAAGGAUCCCAGAUUUACUCCGAUGCCUCUGCGCUCAAGAAACAAUUGCACAAUAAGGUGGCUCGCAUGAGACCGGCACCGCCGCCUCGGCUCAAGAUUCGACCACCAACGGCAGAGAUCGGAUCCAGUGACGAAGAGGAAGUGGGCGACGAGGACGACGAGGAUGACGAGGACGAAAUGGAUAUCGACGACGAAGAAGUCGAUGACGAGCCAGUUGUCGAGCACCGGUUCGACGAUGACGACGAUGACGAUUUCGAAGCAGACCCCGACGAUUUCGACGACGAGGAUAUCGCUGAUGAAGACGACGAGGAAGAGGAUAAAGACUCGUCUGCAGCGCCCCCUAAUGGGCCCUCAGGUAUGCCCAUGAUGAUGAUGAUGCCUCCCGAACAACAAACAGUUUUCCGGGACGAGAUUGUUCAUCGCGAGCUGGGGAAAACGGCCAGAGACGGUCUUAUUCAGUUGGUCACGGUGGCCAGCGUCGCCCAUCCCCAGUUUAUGCGGAGCCAGGGUCACAUGGGAGAAAAGCCUCAAAUUUUACCGCCAAUUGCCACUGAUCUAGUUCAUUUGCGUAUCCCGGCCUCCAGGUCGCACGUCAUGACCGCGUUUUCCACCACCCUGCCGGCGUACCACCACACCCUUGGGUUGAAUGUAUAUUUACACGAACAGCUUCGCCAAAUUCCUUUCGCACUUUCUGUGCUGCUAAACGGUCGCAAACUGCCCCCCAUGAACCGUAUGAGCGGCGUUAUCCAUGAAGAUUUCCAACUACGACUCAGCCCGGGCCUCAAUCAAGUGACCAUAUGCGUUAUCCGCGCCGGCAUGACAGGCACCGUGCGACCCUUUGGUGCUCCACCGAUUGUCGGUACCGAGUCAGACGAAGAACGACUGGUUCUAUGGCUCAAUUUAAUGCGCUAA